AUGAGUGGUACUGGUCCUGGCGAGUCGGACACCAACUACGUCCCACUCGUAGCCUACAAUGGCACCACUGCUACUGGAGGUGAUUCACUGAAUGAUAACUUGAACAUCUUCUAUGAGAGCGGCGAUGUCGCUUUCGUCAUCCUUUGUACCGCCUUAGUCUUCUUGAUGAUUCCGGGUGUAGGAUUCUUCUACUCUGGAUUGGCAAGACGCAAGUCGGCUCUUUCGCUCAUUUGGCUCUCUAUCAUGGCUACUGCAGUUGUCUCCUUUCAAUGGUUCUUCUGGGGCUACUCUCUCGCAUUCUCUCACAAGGCUGGCAAGUUCAUCGGCGCACUUGACAACUUUGGCUUCAUGGAUGUGCUUGCUCAACCCUCUGUCGGCAGCUCAAGAAUUCCUGAUCUCCUGUAUGCAGUGUACCAAGGCAUGUUUGCAGCCAUUACUGUUGCUCUUGCUGUGGGUGCUGUCGCUGAACGUGGCCGCCUCUUUCCUUGCGCCAUCUUCAUGUUCAUUUGGACUACCGUCAUAUACGACCCCAUUGCUUGCUGGACCUGGAACCCUUCAGGCUGGCUGUACAUGCUCGGCGGUCUUGAUUUCGCCGGCGGAACUCCUGUCCACAUUGCCUCUGGCACGGCAGCACUGGCUUAUUCUUUCGUGCUGGGCCAUCGCAAGGGUCAUGGCACUCAUGAGCUCAACUUCCGCCCUCACAACGUAACUCACAUCGUUGUUGGAACCGUUUUCCUGUGGUUUGGAUGGGUUGGAUUCAACGCUGGUAGUGCACUUGCCGCCAAUAUGCGCGCUGUCAUGGCUACUGUGGUCACCAACCUUGCAGCCUCCGUCGGCGGUAUCACUUGGUGUCUCCUGGACUACCGCCUUGAGCGAAAGUGGUCGACUGUCGGCUUCUGCAGUGGUGUGGUGGCCGGACUGGUCGCUAUCACACCUGGGUCUGGUUACGUUCCCGCUUGGGCUGCUGUCGUCUUCGGAGUGGUCGCUGGCAUUGGAUGCAAUUACGCAACGAAGCUCAAGUACCUGAUUAACUGCGACGACGCCCUGGACAUCUUUGCUGUCCAUGCUGUUGGUGGAUUCAUCGGUAACCCCCUUACUGCCCUGUUCGCUGCCGACUACAUAGCCCACCUUGACGGUGUUACAGUCAUCUCUGGUGGCUGGCUCAACCACAAUUACCGUCAGCUUGGAAUUCAAUUGGCUGGCUCAGUUGCAGGUGGCAGCUACUCGUUUGUCGGCUCUUUGAUCAUCCUCUACAUUCUCAAUUUCAUUGGCAAGUAUCUGCCUGUCUUCAGACUUCGCGCUACUCCGGAAGAGGAGGAUCUUGGUAUUGACGAUGUGGAAAUUGGCGAGUUUGCUUACGACUAUGUUGAGGUGAUGCGCGACGUUCAUCACGGCGAGAGCCCAAGCUUGACCAGCGAUGAGCAUGAGAAGCCAUCAACUCCCACCAACUUUGGAUCGCCGGUCAAGCGUUUUGACGAGGGUGGUAUGCAACAUACGCCUCUUGGAGCCAACCCGCCUCCCAUCCAAUACACACCCGAGCCUGUACACCCCGCUGGAAAUUUCGUGUAAAGAAGAUGUUCAUCUGGCGGUAUUGAUUGGAGCCCUGAUUCAGGGAUUAGGGAUUGAGUGUUUGGUCUGCGGGUCAUCUCUGGACAGAAGAAGUUUAUUGAUGGAUAUCUCGUUACAAAACGUGUACUUUACUCGGUAGAUGGGCAC